GUUCUGUGACCGCCAGCUCAGACCGCCAGGGAGCAAGGCCAGGGAGUGCAGUGCAAGAUAGUCGGUCCAUAUUCUUGAGGACUUCCAAUUUAUGACUUCCUCCAUUUUCUGCACUUCAACAUAACUUCAAGAAUGGAGUCCGGUAGGAGUGCUCCAUCCAAAUUGGCCGAGAUCGUGUAUGACGAUGACAUUUCGCCGUCACCCGCACAAUCAUUCGAUGCGACGGAUGAGGACAUGGCAAAGAUGUUCGUACCGGCUGAGAGGUUUGAUGUACUGGACAGGAAUAGCGCUGCUGUUCCAGAAUCCAGCCAUCACUAUGGGGAGGAAGACUACAAAACCCAUAGGGUGGAUACGCACGGAUACCCGCACAUGCAUCAGCCGAUGAAGACAUUAAAGACUCACCAUCACCGUCACAAGCACAAGGGCAGCAAGAAGCACAAGCCUGGCGAGAAGGCUGACGAUGACGACACCCAGGUGCUGGCAGUCGACGAGACUGACAGAGUUGGAGGAGCCCAAGAGCCGGACAGUGCUGGUGAUAGUAGAAAACGCCAGACAGGGCAGGUCUCUGACCCUCAAAUGCCACAAGCUUACAGCUUCUCUAGCCAUGAUGACAGUGAGGAUGUGACGACCGCAUCCCCGGAGGGAGUCUUGUCCACGGGCAGCGACACGCCGCUGGCCUUCCCCGCGAAGACGCGUGGUGCUGUGCGCAGGGGCUCGAGCACCGGCAGCGAGAAGCCCGCGCAGUACUAUCUGGGCGGCGAUGCGAAGUUGGGAGCUGACGACGUAGAGGAGAUGAAGCCUUUGUUUUCUGGCCCUGAGGAUCAUGGCAACGAGGUCCGUGGUUCUAAGGAGGCUGUUGGGAUGCCAUUAAGCCCGUCCACAGCUUCAUUUGAUGAUUCGAAAACAAAUCGAAGGCAGUCUACGGAUCAAGGACAAGUCUGCUUUAGCCUUGGUGUAGAGAGUCAGGAGGAUAUCCCUGACGCAGUGGGUGAUGGAUCAACACAACCUGUGUAUGAUCAUAGCAAGGGACGACGUCACAGCAAGACGGAUAAUGCAGUAAGCUUGGAACAGAGGAGGUGCAGAGGCAGUGAGGUGAUGUUUCGUUCGGAAAGCAUGGCUGCUCGCAUGUUCGCAGGAGAUGCCGAGGAAACCGAUGAGGAUGAUGACAUAGCGCACAGGUACGAAGUCGUGAGAGGGCUACGGCGACGCAAGAUCAAAGCUAAGACCUCAGUAGCAUCUAUUAUCCACCCAGCAAGAGGUGAGGGUGUGGGCAAGGAUGAAACAAUUGUCCCCGUCUACACCAAGAAGAAGUACGACCACUCACCACACGAGGUUUUCGUUGAACUCGAUGAGCUAAUAGUUGGGGAGGACAAUGAAACUACGUGGAAGGAGACGGCACGUUGGAUCAAGUUUGAGGAAGAUAUCCAGGAGGCGGCCGACCGUUGGGGCAAGCCGCACGUUCCCUCGCUGUCCUUCCACAGUCUGCUGGAGCUUAGGAAGUGCCUUGAGCUAGGAACUGUGCUUCUUGACCUUGAGGAGACUACACUUAGUGGUGUGGCCACACGUGUGGUAGACAACAUGUCCACCACGGACCAGAUCCGAGAAGAAGACCGAGGUGCUGUAUUGAAGGCACUCUUGCUAAAACACAAACGUUUGAAUGAAGCUGGGUUUAUUCGGAAAAAUCUCUCUAUGAAGAAUCUCACGUCUUUGGAUGGAAGGAACGGCCAUUACGAGUUCCUGCCAAGAGGGGCAUCAAUAGGGUCUAUGCUGGACAAGUACAUUCAUCAUGGAGAUACCCAUUCAGCUUAUAAAGAGAAAGAGAAUUCAGUGGCAGUUGACAUAGAGCAAAACCAGGAAAAGCUGGUAGAAAAGGACCUUGUUCAUUCAGCUUCUUCACCCAAACUUGGAGAGACUGAGCAGGAAGCAGCUAACAGUAAACAGAUAGCUGAGCUAAGGCGAAAAAUACCAGAGGGUGCUGAGGCAUCUGCCAUUCUCGUUGGUGCUGUAGAUUUCCUUGAUAAACCUACAAUCGCUUUUGUGCGGUUAGCAGAAGGGACAGUCAUCCCUCAGCUAACAGAGAUUGACAUCCCCACAAGGUUUAUCUUCGUUCUGCUUGGUCCGGUAAAAGGUGGGCUGGAUUACCAUGAAGUCGGUCGAUCCAUUGCCACCCUUAUGUCCAACAAAACUUUCCAUACAGUGGCUUAUCAAGCAGAUGACCGGAAAGAUAUACUGGUAGCCAUCAAUGAGUUUCUUGACACGAGUACUGUGCUACCACCUGGCGAAUGGGAUAAGAAAACUUUGCUGGGCAUUGCUGAAAUGCAGAAAGAACAGAUGGUCAAGCAGGCAGCAAGAAAGAGGGAACGCAGACACCACCCUUCGGCAAAGGAACAGGGAGCUGCAGAUAAACCUGAGCCAUCAGAUGCACUUCAACGCACCGGUCGCCUGUUUGGUGGUGUGAUCAACGACAUCAAGCAUCGCUACCCAAUGUACAAGGGUGAUUUGCUCGAUGCACUCAACAUGCAGUGCCUGGCGACGUGUAUUUUCAUCUUCUUCGCUUGUUUAUCUCCUGCGAUUACAUUUGGAGGUGUCAUGAAUGACCGGACAGACCAGUGGAUGGGAGUGUCAGAGAUGCUUGCAGCUUCAGCCCUUGAUGGGUUUAUAUAUAGUAUAUUUAGUUGUCAACCACUGCUCAUACUUGGUGCUACAGGUCCAAUUCUGGUUUUUGAAUACAGCUUAUUUAGUUUCUGCGAGAGUCAGGGCUAUGAAUUCCUUGUGAUGCGCUGGUGGAUCGGCGUCUGGGUGCUGAUAUGGACGAUGUUGAUCGUCGCAUUCGACGGCAGCGUGCUCGUGCGCUACUUCACUCGUUUCACCGAGGAGAUCUUCGCCACCCUCAUCUCGUUUAUCUUCAUCUUCGGAUGCUUUGAGAAGCUGUACCAUAUCUACAGUGACCAUCCGCUGUUGUCGCUGGAAGAAUAUUGUGACGAAUCACUGGAUAAUGCUACAAUGUUUGCUAAUGAGACAGCGGUUAACAAUGAGACAUUAUCAGAUAAUGCCACGGACCUGAACUCGCGUCUCUCACAGGAGCCCAUCAAGAACCAGCCUAACACAGCACUGAUGAGUACUGUGUUUAUGCUCGGCACUUUCUUUCUGGCCAACUACUUGAAGAACUUCAGAAACUCCAAGUUUCUAGGAAGGAGUCUGCGACGUGCACUCGGGGACUUUGGUGUUCCGAUAGCGAUUGCUGUCAUGACAGCCAUUGAUGAACUAGUCGUCACUAAAACUUACACUGAGAAACUCUACGUGCCAGAAGGGUUCAGUCCGACAGCACCCGAAAAGCGUGGCUGGAUAAUUAACCCUCUAGGCAUUCAUAUCCACUUUGAGUGGUACUUGAUGUUUGCAGCUAGCAUUCCCUCAUUGAUGUUGUAUAUUCUCGUCUUCAUGGAUUUCCAGAUUUCUGCCCUCAUCAUUAACAAAAAGGACAGAUGUCUGAAGAAAGGGACCGGUUAUCACAUGGACAUGUUCAUUGUCGGUAUACUGACGUUUCUUAAUGGUGCGUUCGGUCUUCCGUGGAUGUGCGCUGCCACCGUCCGCUCUGUUGCUCACUGGUCUUCGCUGACAGUCAUGUCACGCACGCACGCACCUGGAGACAAACCGAAAGUCGUUCACGUCCAUGAACAGCGAGUGACGAAUUUUGUAGUCAGCAUCCUGCUCGGUGUUUGUGUCUUGAUGGGACCAGUGUUGAAUGCUGUACCAGAGGCUGUGCUGUUUGGAAUCUUCCUCUAUAUGGGAAUUAGUUCACUCCAGGGGAUUCAGCUUGUUGACAGAUUCAAAAUGUUGUUUAAACCUGGCAAACAUUUCCCCGAUGUUGGUUAUGUUAAGAAGGUUCGAACAUUCAAGAUUCACAUGUUUACGAUCAUCCAGAUCCUUUGCAUGGCCCUUCUGUGGAUAGUAAAGUCAUCAGUUGCGGCGCUGGCAUUCCCUUUUGUACUGCUGCUAAUGGUGGCUGUUCGAAAAGCCAUCGAAUUCAUAUUUGACAGCGCUGAACUUGGAGAGCUGGACAAGGAAGAUCUGGACUCAGCAAAUGAAGAAGAAGAUGAGCUUGACUUCUACGAACAAGUCCACGUGGCUAUUUAGGGCGUGAACGUUGACACAAACGGCUAAGUGUUUGUGCGUAAGGGAAUUGCACAUCUGUGGGCCUGUGAACUUGUCAUCAGUUUCGUGCCUGCAAGCUGUGCUGCUGUUUGUGGGUGUAGCUGUGCUAUUAGUUGUAAGUAUGCAGCUGCUGACACACAAAUUGUUAUGGCAGAUUGCCUUAUUGUAUGGUGUGAUUAAUGUGAAUUACUCUGGCUUAAAACCGGCCAGUGAUUUUUUAAUUGCUACGUGAUAUUUUUUUGAGCAGGGAAUUCGAUUUCGUUGUGAAACGGCAGCUAGUAGCACUUUGCAGUUGGUGGUGUGUUCAUGCAGUGUGCAUGUGUGGUGUGUUUAUAUGUUUAUGCUAUGCUGUGCCUAAUAUUCUUAAAGAAUGUCUUUAAUGUUGAUUUAGGAAUUAUUUACAGUUAAAUCAAUCCCGUUUACUAAAUAAUUAUGCAACGUAUGCUGUUUUAUAGUUCAGUACUCAUUGGAUAUCAUUUUAAAUUGAUUGUUUGUUUGUAUCGUUGGUGGCAACUCUGCCAGUCUGGUAGACUUCUGCUCUUUUAGUGAUCAGGUGAAGUUGUGCGUUUGAAUUCCAUUUUCACAAGCUUCUAACUGGCAGUGUGUUUCUAAUUUUGCAAUUCUUGUUAUUAAAUUAAUUUAUUAAUUUAAAUUAUUUAAAUAAUUAAAUCUGGAGUACUGUUGGUAUAUUGCACGUGACUAAAAACUCCUGUAAAACUAGUGCAACUCCACUAAGGGCAGCACUGUAGUAUUGGUGCAACUGACAUUGUAAACAAAUAGCCAUUGACAGUGAAUAUUGAACUACAAAAUUUCGGACGUGGCAUAUAAUUUAACCAUAGCUUAACUGUAAACAAUUGCCAAUGUUAUGUCAAGGUUAGCCUGGCAUGUUGCGAGUCUAGUUCAUCUAUGGCAUGUAGUGUGUAGCUUAAAUUUGCUUGUAUUGUUGGCAAUCUAUCAGGAGCAUAUAAACUAGGUGUAACUACUAGGGGUUCUAUGCUCUUAAUCUAGUAUAUUUUUCAGUAAGAAUGUGAUGUCAUCCUAGUAAAUGGAUUAGUUUAGAUUUGCUGUGUCGAUGGAUAUUUUUUCGAUCAAAAAAAAAUUGCACUCGUAUAGUAAUUACAGAAUCAAUAUAGGUAUCACUUGCCAUGAUAUGUGAAUUAAUAUAUUAGCUGUUAUAAUAUGGUAUAGAGUUUGUGAAAUUCGCAUAUUCUAUUUUAUGUGAUUUAUAGUUGCUCCCAUUUACAUUUUGCUAUAUAGUCGCUAGUAUUUACGUUUUGCUGUGUGAUAAACAAAAACAUCAUGAUGUUACUUAUAUAAUUAUUGACUGCUGUAGCAGAAAGCUGCAUUUAUAAUUCCAUAAACAUUAUGAGUGUGAAUGAUACAUACCUGAAGAGUUUAGUUAAGAGCGUAGAGACAAGUAGCGUGACUAAUUAAUACUAAUAUAAAUAUAAUUAUCGUUCAAUUAACACGAUUGUAGGUCACAUGUUAAAAUUCAUAAAUUAGAAAUGUUUGUUGCAAAGUACAAUCAACACAAAAUAUAUUCCAUAUCUCUUACCCAGUAGAACGUUUUCCUAAGGUAAGUGACAGCUGUAUCACAUGUUGGAAGUAGUUGAAAAGAAUGGCGAAUUGGGAAGUAUUAUUAUGUUUAUGUUAUCAUUAUUUUGUACAUAACAGGCAUAAAAAUGCCGUGCAGAAGUUUCAAUGGAAGUGAUGUACUCGCUUUAAUAUACUCGUUGAUUAGGGGAUAUAUGUGAAAUGUUCUUUAGUAUAUAAGUGCUAAUCUGGCUGUCUCGUUUAUAGUGUAGCUCAACAAACUAUUGACAUAUAGAAGCAAGCGCUUCUGUUUUUACCUUUGCAAUAUCUUACUUAAUUUUUCCGCUCUGAAUUUAUUGAGUAUUUUUUCUUAUGCUCGUUUUUCUACUCCACGGAGAGAAACGGUUCGUUGAAUUGAAUUCAUUCGAAAUGUAUUUGUGCUACUUCAUUAAGCGAUUUUUGACUUCUUUUCAUAUAUUGUGUAGUAUAGAUUUCUGAUAGCAAUAUCAUUAAAAUUGCAUGUACUUUGAAAAACUCUCUUACCAGUCAGAUGCUGACCAACAAUUAUUUUGUAGAUAAACUGAAUGUACAUCCUUGUAUGUCAAAUUGUAAGAAACUGUGAUAUUGCUCUAGUGUAGUUUUCAGUAACAUCAGAAGCGAUAGACGCGAAUCCGCCCGCUGCAGACACCGCAGAUAAUAUGAAGACCCCAUAAUAAUAUCUAAUAUAAUAAUAGUAAUAGUAUUAUGGACUUGAUGUAAUGUAUAGCCUGUGAUUCUUUAUAUGCCUGCUGCUUUAUUAGGUUAUUAACUAAUACAUUAUUGGUUAAUCGCUCGCUAUGCCGUCAGACGGAGAUAAUGACCGAGGAACGACUAGGUCGUCGUAAGGAAUGGGAUGGGUGCUCACUGUUGUACUUUGUGAUCGCCGUAUGUAAGUACGUAUGUCAGGUGUUCUUGUAUCCGCCGGUUUGUGCACACGUGUACAUCUGUGUGAUUGAUUGUGUGUUCAAAGAGUAAUUUUUAUUGGUACCUGUUGCAUCUGACCCGUAACUGCGUGUCAGAUAGCACUGCGAUGGUGCAAUUAUUUUCGGGGCGUGGUCGCUGUAUUAACAUAUCAUUCGUAUGAGAUUUGUAUCGCUCAAUACGUAUAUAUAAGAUUUUUUUAACUCGACCGCAUGGUCGAAACUUAAUAGUACAGAUCUAUCUCGUAUAUAUUGCAUAUGAUGUGUGCUAAUCACAAUUGUUUUAUCGUUAACAAAUACCAAGGUAUAGAUAGAUUAAAUUAGUAGUAAAUCUUUUAUUCAUACGUAAGUUGCUCAUAUUCUACCUGUUAUCAAUCCGUUUUAACACCAGCACACCUUGUAUGUUCUAACAUUACCAGUGAUUUCUAUAAUAAUGUACGCAUGUAUAAAUGGUAGGAUCAAAUCGUUCUUUGCAGGAAAAAAAUGAGAAGGAAUAGAUGCACAACACAAUUAACUUGCUUCUCUAAAUUCGGGAACAAUGAUGGAUUGUUUACUAACUAAUUUGAAAGAUAUAUAUUCUUGUUAUUUAGCGUUGUGUAUGGGUUAUUCAUGUAUAUUGGAACACGUUCACGUAGAACCUGUACUAUGACACAUACAGUCUUAAAACGUCUUUAUUAUGAGUCCAUAGCUUCAUCAAAUUGGACUAUAAAAUACGUGCAAAUAAAAUACGUGUGCAUAAUAUCGGGGCGAAUAAGAAGUGAGCUGUGAUAGAUGCAAACUCGGUUAUCGUGUGUAUGUUGGACAUUUGAUUACUUGCUUUCGUGUUUUUUUCAGUUACGGAAGAUUGUAUUGUUUUGACGUGUCAUGUUGUAUUGUGUUGACGUGUCAUGCGAAGGAUGUAAGACGUCUGAAGCGGGUUUCGUCAGGGUUCUCUUGUAUUUCAGUGAGGUUAUUGCGUGUGUAUUGAUUUUUCUGUGGUAUAAAAACAUGAAUAUGAUUCCCGAUGAUUACCAAUUUUGAAAAGACGAUGUGUGAACUAUAUCCCAUAGCGCUCAUUUACAUGUGCGGAACUAUAGUAUAUGCAGUACAUUUUAAAUGUUGAUGACUGGCUAAGGUGUUUAUGUGAAUGUUUUAAUAAAACUAACCUAAAAUUGAAUAGAAA